AUGGCGUCUGGUUGCAAGAUUGGCCCGUCCAUCCUCAACAGUGACCUGGCCAGUUUAGGGGCCGAGUGCCUCCGGAUGCUGGACUCUGGGGCUGAUUAUCUGCACCUGGAUGUAAUGGACGGGCAUUUUGUUCCCAACAUCACCUUUGGUCACCCUGUGGUAGAAAGCCUCCGAAAGCAGCUAGGCCAGGACCCUUUCUUUGACAUGCACAUGAUGGUGUCCAGGCCGGAACAGUGGGUAAAGCCAAUGGCUGUAGCAGGAGCCAAUCAAUAUACCUUUCAUCUCGAGGCUACUGACAACCCAGGAGCUUUGAUCAAAGACAUUCGGGAGAAUGGAAUGAAGGUUGGCCUUGCUAUCAAACCAGGAACUUCAGUUGAGUAUUUGGCACCAUGGGCUAAUCAAAUAGAUAUGGCCUUGGUUAUGACAGUGGAACCUGGGUUUGGAGGGCAGAAAUUCAUGGAAGAUAUGAUGCCAAAGGUUCAUUGGUUGAGGACCCAGUUCCCAUCUUUGGACAUUGAGGUGGAUGGUGGAGUAGGUCCUGACACUAUCCAUAAAUGCGCAGAGGCAGGAGCUAACAUGAUUGUGUCUGGCAGUGCCAUUAUGAGGAGUGAAGACCCCAGAUCUGUGAUCAACCUGUUAAGAAACGUUUGCUCAGAAGCUGCUCAGAAACGUUCUCUUGAUCGAUGAAACAACAAGGAACCUGGUGUUUCUGCUUAGGAGAUCUCCUUUUUACUGAAAAACAAGAAUAUUGACUACCAAAUCAUACCACAGUUGAGGCAGUGCUGCUUUUCUGAGCAAUUACUCUGUCCAGUGACUAAAAUCCAUUAUGCAGAAUGUUCCAAGAGGUUAGAAAUUGGUGUGUAUAACUACAUUUUUAGUGAUGGAAUUGAAAGAUUAGUGUGAUAAAAUACCAUUUUUACUGGGAGACUUGAUUUUUAUGAAAAGUAAAAAUAUGGCUGUAUUAAGGUUACAAGCAGAAAAGUGUCUUAAUGCCUAAGGAAGGCCUGUUAGCUACUAUGAAAAAUUUUUUUUCUGAAUUUCUAAAAAGAAUUUUCUUUGGUUUCUUUACUGUUUUCUGAAAGCAAAGGAAGUUCUUCAGUUUUUCCUGUUUCGUGUCAUUUUUGAUUUGUGUGUGUGCUAACUAAGUUUGCAUCUGAUUAGGAAUGGCAUACUUAUUCUCCUAGCUUCAAAAACAUUUAUUUUUUACUUUGCACCUUAUAUUUGAUAUAUUAAAAAAAAUGUAUUAUGAAGCCCAGGGAUUUUCAAGUUGUUCUAAAAUAUGAGCACAAGUUUUAUCAGGGUAUUUUGUUAGCUGUCUUAGAAGGACAGAUUAUUC